AGUCAGAGGUGGUCUACAGAAACCAUGACGGCCACGUCAUCAAGUUCAAUGGCACGAAUGAGACGGACAUUCUUUUGAAAAACAACACAUUUAUUUCCUUCAAAGUUGCAAAAUAUUCCAUUUCUCCAGAUUUGAGAUACGUACUGUUUGCUUAUGACGUUAAACAGGUGUACCGGUAUUCUGUUACAGCAUCUUAUAUAAUUUACAACAUUCAUACCAGGGAGGUGUGGGAGCUGAACCCCCCAGAAGUGCCAAACUCAGUACUUCAACAUGCUGCUUGGGGUGUACAAGGACAGCAGUUGAUGUACAUCUUUGAGAACAACAUCUAUUACCAAUCAGAUGUGAGAAGCACCUCUCUCCGGCUGACCUCUUCGGGAAAGGAAGGGGACAUCUACAAUGGAAUUGCAGACUGGUUAUAUGAAGAGGAGAUCCUGAAAUCCCACGUGACUCAUUGGUGGUCACCCGAUGGAGAGAGGCUGGCCUUCCUCAUGAUCAACAAUACCAUGGUACCAAACAUGGCCCUUCCUCGAUUCACUGGAGCAAUGUACCCAAAAGGGAAGCAGUACCCAUACCCUAAGGCUGGGCAGCCCAACCCCACGGUGAAGCUGUUUGUGGCGAAUCUCUACGGACCAACACACACACAGGAGCUGUUUCCUCCAGAAAGCCUGAAAGCCAGGGACUACUAUGUGGUGAUGGUGAAAUGGAUCAGCAGCACCAAGACUGCUGUGAGGUGGUUAAACCGGGCCCAAAACAUGUCUGUGCUCAGUGUGUGUGACACCAGCACUGGGGCCUGCAUCAAGGUACAUGAGGAGGCUUCAGAAUUCUGGCUCAACAAGCAGGACCAGGAGCCAGUUUUUUCGAGUGACGGCAGCAAGUUCUUCCUGACAGUGCCAGUAAAACAGGGAGGCCAAGGAGAAUUUCACCACAUUGCUAUGUUUAGCACACAGUCCAGAGUCGAUCAAAGCGACGUUCGCCAUUUGACCUCAGGAAACUGGGAAGUGACCAAAAUUUUGGGAUUUGAUGAAAUUAAUCAAAAAAUAUUUUUCCUAAGCACUGAAGGUUCUUCAAGACGGAGACAGCUGUUCAGUGUCUCCACGGUUGGCUUAUUUCCUCGCCGCUGUCUGACAUGCGACCUGAACAAGACACACUGCUCCUACUUUGAUGCUGACAUGAGUCCUGGCCAGCAGCACGUCAUCCUGCACUGCAAAGGCCCUGGUGUCCCAACGGUGAUCCUGCGUAGUCUUCAUAAUGCCACUAACUACUUCAUUCUGGAGAAUAACACUGUGCUGAAAGCUGCUUUGUGGAAUAAAAAGAUCCAUCAUUCUGAGUUCAGAUCUGUUGUGAUUGAUCACUUUGACCUACCUUUGAAAAUUUCUUAUCCACUUGACUUCUCUGAAUCAAAACACUAUGGCCUUCUGAUGAUUGUUGAUGGGGCUCCUGGAAGCCAAUUGGUGAGUGAUCAGUUCCAGCUCGACUGGGACUCAGUUCUGGUCAGUUCUGACAACAUCAUUGUGGCCCGACUGGAUGGCAGGGGAGCCGGAUUUCAGGGCCAAAGGGUCCUGCACGCAAUUCACCAGACCCUGGGGACCGUGGAUGUGAAGGACCAAAUAGCAGCUGUGGAGUUCAUGUUGAAGAGUCCGUAUAUUGACCGUACACGAAUAGGAGUUUUUGGGAAGGGCUAUGGGGGAUAUGUAGCAUUAAUGAUGCUUAAGUCAACUGAAAAUUUGAUAAAAUGUGCAGUUACAGUUUCCCCAGUAACAGACUGGAAACUUUAUGCAUCUGCUUUUUCGGAGCGGUUCCUUGGCAUGCCUGUAAGAGAUGACAGCACGUAUCAGUUUUCUAGUGUUCUCCAGGAUGUCCAAGGACUACGAGGACAAAACCUUAUGCUGGUGCAUGGAACAGCAGACGCCAAUGUUCAUUUUCAGCACUCAGCUGAGCUGAUUAAACACCUUAUUAAAGUUGGUGCAAACUACACUAUGCAGAUGUACCCAGAUGAGGGCCAUUUUUUCUCCCAGAAGAGCCAGCAGCACUUUUACACAUCCCUUAUUACCUACUUCAGAGAGUGUCUCCGAGAAGAUAUAUUGCUUGUACCAGAUGAACCAGAAGAAGAGGAGUAGAAAGAUGAGGGGAGCAGCAAUGGGACUUGAUCAUUUGUUUCUGUAUUGACUGCCGGAGCCACAAUGGUCGUCACCCACAUAUUAGCUAGAGGAGAUUGUCAAAGUCUUGCAGGGACAGCUGCAGAGUCUGAAAGAAUGGUACAGGGAGGAUUUCCUUAAAGGAGUGACUCCCACAGGGAAAUCGAAAGGAAUUCUCACAUAUCAUGGCAACCUAUAAUUUUUGGACCUCACUGAACUAAGAUCAUCUCUCUCCACAUUUGGAUAACCUCCACCUACGAUUAUGCAGUGCAUGGGUGUUUCUAGUUUCAGCUUUGCUUCGGACUUUACCAUGUAUAUAUGUGUUGUGGUAGUCAUCGGGGGUGGGGGGUGGAGGGGGUCCCCUUCCGCCCAUCCUUGAAAGUCACCAUUUUUUUGAUUGAUGCACAAUGAAUUGCAUUGUUCCUCUUUUCUUGUCAAAAACAUGACUAUGACACACAAGGCAAAAGUGCAAUUCGUUCACCACCUCCUCUCAUAUUCUCCACAAUAAAGAUAUGGUAUUUUGUACAGUACAGCAGAGUGUGUACAUACGUAUAUUUUUUGAGAUAUCUUUGAUCAUGUAGCUGUCUAUAAGAAUUGAUUUACUUGAAAUUUGUGUCUUAUUGUAUUUUUUUGUUUGUUUUUUCUUAGGAUGGAUUUUGUAAAUUUUGGUCUUGUUAAUUUUGCUGUUUAUAUGGGAGGGUGGAUGUGGGUCUGGGACUUGUUGUCUUAUAGCACAAAUAAAUGAAAAUGAACUGGAGAGAACUGCUAAUGAAAUGAAUGAAACAUUGUCUGGAAUAGUCUGUUAAACCUCAGACAGUACAUUUCAGUUUGAGAAAUUUGCAA